AUGCUCCAUCAUGCCAAGUUGGACAAGUGCUUCUGGGCUGAAGCGGCAAUGACGGCCGUCUAUGUGAAGAACCGUUUGCCGUCACCCAAGAUUCCACACAAGACACCGUUCGAGAUUGUCUACAAUUCUAAGCCAAGUGUCAAGCACAUGCGCGUUUUUGGGUGCCAAGCAUACAUCUUGACCCCGAAGGAGAAACGACUCAAGUGGGAUCCCAAGGCCCGGGCUGGAUUGUUUUUGGGCUACGAAGAAGUGUCCAAGGCGUAUCGAGUUUACGACAUCGAAGCGGGGCAGGUGAUGAUAAGUCGCGAUGUCAACUUCGAUGAGUCGGCCUUUGGAAUGUCGAUGCUGAUUUCCGAUGACGAUGUUGAUGGCCUGGACUUCGAAUCGAUCGAUCUUGAUGAUGAAGAACCGCGUCCGAGACACUUCAAACAAACAGGAAAGCGCAAGGCCCAACCCAGUCACGACAAUGACGACGCAAGCAUGCCCCGAGCAGUGCGCCAACGACCCGGAUUGGAAGAGUCAAGUGCGCCGGAUGACCUCUCUUCACGUCGAGCCAACGAAGAUGAAGAAAGGAAGUCGGAGGAACAACAUGACACACCGACUUCCUCCGCGUUUUGGCAUGCGAGUGCAAACGCCGUCGAAGCAGCGGUCGAUUUUUCAGAGCCGUCGACAUUUGAAGAAGCAGUCGCCAUUGGCACAAAGUGGGUCUUCAAGAUCAAGCGCAAGGCGGAUGGGUCGAUCGAGAAAUACAAGGCACGACUUGUGGCCAAGGGUUUUCGCCAAAAGUAUGGCAUCGACUACACGGAGACGUUCUCACCCGUGGUCAAGUAUGUGACGCUGCGAAUGAUCAUCGCCAUUACCAAGCACUUUGGAUGGCCCCUCGACCAGCUCGAUGUGGUGACUGCGUUCCUGUAUGGAGUGAUGAAGGAGAAGGUGUUCUGCGCUGUUCCGGAAGGCGUCAAGAUGGAAGGUGAUUUCGACUGUCUCGAGCUGAUCAAGGCGAUCUACGGUCUCAAGCAAGCCUCGCGUGUUUGGAACGAGACCUUCGACGAGUUCAUACGCUCGAUUGGUUUUCAAGCGUCAGGAUUCGAUCCAUGUCUCUACAUCAUGACUUCGGAAGGCCAUUGUGUUUUUGUGCUGGUCUACGUGGACGAUGUCUUGGUGACUGGAAGCUCGCUCGAGAUGAUUGCGCGCACCAAGAACGACCUCAAGACACGCUUCGAGAUGACGGACAGCGGCAAGUGUGCCUUUGUUCUUGGGAUCGAGUUAUUGGACGGUGAAGAUGGCAGCGUGACUAUGUGUCAGCGCCGUUAUGUCGACGAUGUCCUCAAGCGCUUUGGAAUGGAUGAGUGCAAGGCUGUGGCAAGUCCGGUGGACGUCAGCUCUCGACUGGUUCCAAGCAACUCUGCAAGCAAGGUGGAUGUCCCAUUCCGUGAAGCAGUGGGUGCUUUGAUGCAUCUGACGACUGCAACGCGACCGGACAUCGCCUAUGCUGUAAGCUUUGUGUCACGGUUCAUGGAGAAACCCCAAGAAGAACACUGGGUUGCAGUCAAGCGCAUCUUCCGCUACCUACAAGGCACCAAGAUGCAUGGAAUCUGCUACAAGCCAAGUGCGAAGAUCGACUUUCGUGGCUAUUCAGAUGCAGACUGGGCCGGUGACCUUGCUGAUCGCAAAUCGACGUCCGGCUACGUCUUCAUGCUAUUGGGUGCUCCGGUGAGUUGGGGCAGCAAGAAACAGCCAAGUGUGUCACUGUCUACAAGCGAAGCGGAGUACAUCGCGCUCAGCCUGGCGAUCCAAGAAGGCAAGUGGAUCAAUCGCUUGCUGUGCGAGAUCAUGGCGGCUGCAAACGAAGAAGGACCCGAGCUCGUCAUCCGUGAAGACAACCAGUCGUGCAUCAAGAUGACGAAGAAUCCGGUCAACCACGGCCGCGCUAAACACAUCGACAUCAAGUACCAUCACAUCCGUGAUGAAGUCAAGCGCGGCGAAGUGAAGCUUGAAUACUGCGAGACAACGUUGAUGUUGGCGGACAUCAUGACGAAGGGACUUCACGGACCGCGUCACAAGGACUUGACGGCGGCGCUUGGCAUCCGUGCGUGUUCGGAUUGA